CCCCGGCCAGGCUGUCUCCUUCUGUGUCCGGUGAUGUGGCUGCAAGGCAGCCGCACUGGCAUUCAGGGCCAAAAGGCUGCAGGCAGAGUGGGGGAUAGACGGUGACCUGCCACCUGCCGAGAUGGGCAUGUCCUCUGUCACCAGCUCCAGGCAAGCCUCCAGUUUUGACUCACCGGGAACCUGGAGAGGAGCUGGCAUCCUGGCUGCGGAGCCACAGGGCCUGAAGAGCCGACUGCCUCUGCUUUCUACCUGUCACGUGACUUACAGGACCCAUGCUGAUGUAGAACAGGGCAGGGAAGGGAAUUCUGGGAGACGGACUCCAGCUGAGCCAGGUUGACAGGCCACAGAUGCACCACAGGUACCCAAAGGAGCGAGCAGCACGGGGAUGAUGGCAGGGGUGGGGGGGGGGGGUGGUUCUUAGGCACAGGUGGAGGGCAACGGCAUUCCAGGCAGACGCGAGGGCCUGCAAAGGUGUGUGGGUGCAGCACGUCGGGGGUGGGCUGGUGGUUCAGGGUCCAGGCAGCCCAAGGCCCAGCUUGUGGGAAGUCUUCAGAGCAGCCCAGAGGUUGCCCAGGGGUGGAUUUUGUGCGCGAGAAGGGCCAUUGUCAAUGUGAGGAGAUGAGGUCUAGAUGCCCCCAGGAGGCAGGGAGACCAGUGGUCAAAGGGACACAUCCUGAGGGUCCAACACUUGCCUGAACUUUUAUUAUGCUUCUAGUUUUUCAAUUCUUUCCAUCCCACUGGCAAAUUCCUUCAGUCUUUAAGGAGUGUCUCCUGCAUACUAGGGAUGGGUACGUGGCCCCCAAGAUGAACCCUGGCCCCCAGGCUUUUGUCUGUAAGCCUGGCUGCUUGAUCCUACUGCGUUCUUGUACCCUGAAUUCUCUUCUGAAAACUGCCCUUGUAAUCUGCCUACUAGAUUUUGGGGGCCUUGGAGUAGAAGGAUAUAAGGAGGGAAUGGAGAAGGAAGGAUGGGGAAUGUGUCUCGUGGAUUCAACUAGUGUCCCAGGCAUAUCCGUACCUCACAGUUAGCUGGAGAGACAGACGCUCAGGCCCCUCCAAGGCCUAACGAAUGGACUUCUCCAGAUGUGGUGGAGACGUGGAACUGUGGAGUCUUUAAUACAUUUUCCAGGCGGCUCUUCGGCAGCCAGCGUGGUCGAAUCACUGCCGAAACCUACUUCUUACCCGUUAGGUUGACGCUCUCUGCUUCUGCUGCACGUCUCCAUCACCAGGGGCAGGGGGGUGGCACUCAGCUGAUGCUGGUAGAGGUCAUUUGUCAUCACGGUGACCCUUGGGACCGCUUCCUGGUGUCUCUGUCGGGUGCUGGCGCAUCACUUCAGAUAGAGCCUCGGGAUCAGAAGGGGGAAGGAUGUGAAGCAAUCUGAGAGCAAAAGUGAGAUGAGCCAGCGGAGUGAGCGCGUGGCUCGGUGGCUGCAAAGGCAGAGGACACGCGUGGGAAUUGAAAACCGAGAUCUGGAUGGUGACGGAAGUUAACUAGGUUCACUGUGGUGAUCAUUUCGCAAUAUAUACAAAUACCGACUCGUUAUGUUUUACUCCUGAAGCUAAUUUGUCAUAUGUCAGUUAUAUCUCAGUUUUCAAAAAGAGAGCGAGAGAGAGCCAGAGAUCUGAGAAGACAGGAAAGCCUGAGUUCUCAGCUUCAUCGUGUUUAUAACAUAAAAAUUUUCCAUCAGCUGUGUCUGAAGGAAUUAAAAGUAGGGCUGUGGCAGUGGUCACUGCGGAAGGGACCCAAUCCUUUGUGCCGCCCGGCAGGAGAAGUAGGACAGGCACAUGGCUCCCGCCGCCACGUCCUGGACGGUGACUGGCCACUGGGACCGGCGAGGCGAGGAAGGGCCCGCAGCUCCGCCAGCUUUGGCCUUCAGAGGCCGCUUCUCGACUCCGCUGCUCCCCUCAGAACAGCUGACACAAGAGAGGCUGACAGCCCCAGCCCCCGUGUCCCUCCCCGGCUCCUCUGUGCCCAGACAGCACAGCGGCCCGCAGGGCCGGCGUGGCUCGGGGCCGUGGUGAAUGGGAGCCGCUGUUUGUUUCCACUGAGAAAGUUCUGACCCGCUUCCGGAGCCAUCGCCAUGGAAACAGACCUUGGAGAUAAUUGAAUGGAGCCUCUUUUCCUCCGUCUCCCUUCUCCCUUUCCCCACGCCGAGGCUGAGGCUCUCAGGGACCGACUCUUUGCAGCCCGCCUUUCCCUGCAGGUUCCUGCGCAUUUGACAAGAACAGCAAAGGCCCGGUUCCCGCCAGUGACCCCAUGUGCACCCCAUACCAGGCGGGGUGGCGGUCGUUUUCAUAGUUGUUCUUGAGCGGAGGCCCGUGUACUACGCGUCCUGAUGGCCGUGGCCUUCCACGGGGACGUGUCCAUCCAGCCGGCCCCACAUCUCAGCCACAGUUCCUUGCAGAAGAGGCUUUCUUGCACCACAGAUUUAUUACAUGUAUGCACUCAAGUUUAAAGGGGAAGUGAUUUGGAAGUGAUUUUGCUUCAUUUACAGCAUAAGUAGCCAGCAUAUGGUAUUUUUCUCCUUUUAUAAAAACUGGCUUUUGGGGGUGAAAACAAUGGGCUAAAAGCCCUGUUUUAUUUUGCUUUUGACAACAAUUCAGUAAUUCUUAAAAUAUAAAGACCUAAGUAAAAUUUAAAAUUCACAUCGAGGCCAUAAAGGAAAGGCAUUGGUUUUUACUGGUUGCACCCAAAGCAGAAGAGGACGUUAAGGUUUCCUUUCGUUCAACACCUUCGUACGCCUACCGAGGAAGCGUCAAAAAUCGGUGCUUGACCGGUGUCUGUGAACGCCAGUGGCCAGGUGACAAACUUAAAUUGCACUUUCACUGCCAAUAAGUAGAGAAAACGGACACCGUUUUGGCUUGAGGCUCACAGUUUCGUCCCUGGUACCGUGAAUCCAGUGGUGAUUCAGACAGGAGAGGCCCUUCCUUUCCUGAAUCAGGUGUUUUAAUGGGGUGAAAAUCGGGUUGGGGCCAGAAGAGCUGCGUUUAAGCCCCAGCUCUGUGACCCGCAGUGGGAUAAGUCACUUACGCGAGCUUGCCAGGCAUCCACUUCUUUAUCUGUAUAAUGGGGCUGUUUCAGGGUCUCCGUGAGCCGGACAUACAGUGAGAUCUAUAUGAACGUGCUCGGUAAACCCAGACCAAUGCUUUGUAGAAGUUGGGCAUUUUUAGUUCUUAACCACUGAAUGCGUUAGGAUUGUAUUCAGUCGUAUGUAACCGAACCUGACUGUGGAGUUCAGGCAAAUGGGGGCGUAUUUUUUCAUAGAGCAAGGAGGCCAGAGGUGGGUACUUCAAGGCUGGUACAGCUGCUCAAGGAAGCAUCUGGCCACUGACACGUAGCCUCCGAGGGGGUGUAUGGGGAAGUGAGUGUCUUAACAGGGUAUCCUGCCACCCAAACCAAAUCUUGGUUCUCUUAAGAAAGGGGGAUAUUGAAAUGGGAGACAGCUAGUCCUGCCAGCUAUAGUCACUCAUUCAGCUGGUCUUUUUUUCUGUUUUUAAAGUUUAUUUUGAGAGGGAGUAUGUAUGCACGCAUGCACAUGCGAGCAGAGGAAGGGCAGAGAGGGAGAGAGAGAAUCCCAAGGAGGCUCCAUGCUGUCAGCAUGGAGCCCAGUGCGGGGCUCGAUCUCAUGAACCGUGAGAUGACGUCCUUGAGCCUAACUCAAGAAUAGGACACCCGACCGACUGCUCCACCCGGGCACCCCAGCUAUUUUCUUACAACCCGUCGAUAUAAAGCACCUCAUGAUGUUGUAAACUCCUGGAAGGUAUGGACCAUAUUGCAUACGUUUCCCUUAUCAAGCUGCAGAGGGCUUCAUUAUCCACGCCAAACAGUAGAUACCAAGCAAAGAAAAUCAUUGUUGGUUGUUUUUAUAUGAGAAUGGUCAGUUACUGAACUCCCCGAACUUACGUAAACGUACUGAACUUGCAUAAAAAAAUAGUAUCAUACACCAUGUGGUUGGUGUGUCAUAGGAAUAUUCUGAUUAGUUACUAAGUGUUCAGGACUUGGGAAGGCAUUUGUAACUUCUCAAGGCUGGAAUAUAUAUGGUUACUUUCAGUAGUGUUACAACAUCAAAGCUGCCAUCCCUACAGCACGCUUGUAUCAGCUUCUUGGAUAGGCCGGGCCCAUGAAGUGCCAAGCAAAGAAUAACAUGGCCCAGAUGGAGAAGAGAAGACCCACUGGGAGGGUUUCGGAAAUCUUGGAAGGUGACGGUAUGCUUUCCCGUGUGUCCUUCUCCCUGCCCUGAGCCCACAUCUGCGGGCUUGUGCAGCUCUACACUCUGCCCGUUGUAUAGUCCUGGCCCAAGAAAGGUUGUAGCUGAGACACACACAGGUCGUGGCCCUCCACCAUGGGGCGGGGGGAUGACAUUUGGCUCAUUUUUAGGCAUGGGACUUAAAUUUCUGCGGGUGUCCUGCAUCAUUCACUUCUGGUACAAGUUACCACUCCACGGAUGAAGGAACACAGAUCUCUUUCAGUCUGCCUUUGUGAUGGAUUUUCAGACUCGAGAAGGAUGGAGGCUGUUCAUGGCCUGGAAAGCCUGUUGGCCACCGCUGAGGUGCCAGGGAACCAGCCCCUUACGUGUCAGAAAGCUGAAGUGCUCUCUGAGAAGGACCGAGAGAAACUUGACUCCACAGGGAGAGCUGGUUGGAGGAAAAGACCAGCAGUCCUAACCGCUAGCAUCUUGUUAGUGACGCUUCACAUGUACAAACGUGUUCUAAAUACCAUACAAGUUAUAGUUCACCCAAAUCUCCAGAAAACCUACGUGAUAGGUAAUAUUGUAUCCCUUUUGCAUAGCAGGAAACUGGGAUUCACUGAGGCAAAGUAAUUUGUCGAGUUACUGGUUGGUAAAUGGUAGGGCUGGGCUUUGAACACGGGAGGUUGGGCUCUAGAACCCCACAUCAUGAGCCAUGGUGUUAGGUAGCUGUCUGGGCGGGGGUAGUGGGCUGUAGAAAAUGUUCCCGUCUGCCCAUCUCUACCUUGACAUCAUAUUCAAUCGCUGAUGUGUGUAUGUGCGUGCGUGAGUGCUGUUCUAAGAAAAACAUGGGUUGCUUUUGUAAAGUGUAAUCGAAAAGUAGAACAGGAGUCACUAUGUCCAUCCUAGCUAUUUGGGGAAAUUAAUGUUAAAGAGAGAGAGAUAGGCUUGAUUUGCAGCAGAAAAGAUCACGUGUGGAUACCUACAACUCCCAUGUACCUGAUGUCAUUAGCAGGGGAUUGAAGCAUAACAAAAAUGAUUGUUGCUAUUGUUGUUAGAUUGUUGUUGCGUACCUAGAUUGACUAUGCCUCUCUCUUAUUUUUCUGAAUAAGAUCCCCUUUGGAAACGUCUCCUAUAUAAUGACUAGGGUCACCUACAGUGAUUCGGAUGGCAAUUGUCCACCAAAGAUAUCAUUUAAAAAGGGGGGUAGGGCAGAAAAAAGUUGAAAAUGUCAAAACUCAUGGCUGGAAGUAUCAAACCUUUUAAAUGGCCUUUCAGAACUUUUCAAGCCCUCGAUCGGUAGGGUAAGAGGUCCUCUUCAAAUUGGAAAUAAACGUCGGAUGGUAUUGACGUUUGGAGAUCGUAUAUCCACACAUCACUGCCAUUUCUUUGGGAGAGUUGGUAUCACCCGAUGGGUGGGUCCAAACCAUUUCCUGUGGUAUAUACAUCCAUACUGAACAUCUCUUCAACGUCGUCAAAAAACUAUUUCGUGUACCCUGUGCCGUAUGCAAGAAUCUAAAUCGGUACAGAUCUUACUGUUUAAGGAGGACAAUAGGUGAUCAGCAAAUGGGAAUAUUAUGAUGCUGGACAAUGUGGAUGAAGACCCACUGACGUCAUAUUCAGUCAUUGUGAGAAAAACAAUGGAUGUGAGAAAAUGUGAAUUGCUCGUACCGAGUGCAGUUGAGAAGAGGAAUUGUUAUGGCCAUCCGGAUUAUUUGAGGGAAGUUAAUGCUAAAAAAAAAAUUAAAAGGAGGAACUGUGGCAAUAUAGAAACUAAGCCGAGCACAGGGCCUAGUGGCCAUCGUUGGUGGAAUGAGGGUGGCAGGGCUCUGGGCAGAGACCGAGAGCGUUCAUCCUUUGGGGUCCGGUGAUAGUUAUAAGAGGUCACCCUGACUGGGGUCUUACCAGUUGCCAAGUUCAUGUGAUUCUAACAGCCCGUUAAGGAGCACUCUUCCUAAGUCAAACUCAGAAGACGGCUCUGUAGGAAAAGGAGAUUGGAAGAAGAAAAAUAAGUAUUUCUGGCAGAACUUCCGAAAGAACCAGAAAGGAAUAAUGAGACAGACUUCAAAAGGAGAAGAUGUGGGCUACGUGGCCAGCGAGAUAACAAUGAGUGAUGAGGAACGGAUUCAGCUGAUGAUGAUGGUCAAGGAGAAGAUGAUCACCAUUGAGGAAGCACUUGCAAGGCUCAAAGAGUAUGAGGCCCAGCACCGGCAGUCAGCGGCCUUGGACCCUGCCGACUGGCCAGACGGUUCCUACCCGACGUUCGAUGGCUCGUCAAACUGCAACUCAAGAGAACAAUCGGAUGAUGAGACUGAGGAGUCGGUGAAGUUUAAGAGAUUACACAAACUGGUCAGCUCCACUCGCAGAGUGAGAAAGAAACUAAUCAGGGUGGAAGAAAUGAAAAAGCCCAGCACCGAAGGCGGGGAGGAGCAUGUGUUUGAGAAUUCCCCAGUUCUGGAUGAGAGGUCCGCCCUUUAUUCUGGAGUACACAAGAAGCCAUUUUUCUUUGAUGGCUCUCCUGAGAAACCUCCAGAAGAUGAUUCAGACUCUCUCACCACUUCUCCAUCAUCCAGCAGCCUGGAUACCUGGGGAGCCGGCCGGAAGUUGGUCAAAACCUUCAGCAAAGGAGAGACUCGGGGCCUGAUUAAGCCCCCCAAGAAGAUGGGGACGUUCUUCUCCUACCCAGAAGAAGAAAAGGCCCAGAAGGUCUCCCGCUCCCUAACUGAGGGGGAGAUGAAGAAGGGUCUCGGGUCCCUGAGCCAUGGGGUAAGUACGGAUGGUGUUUGCUUCUAUGACCACCACCGACGUAGGCACCACCUUCUAGUGUCCCUGGAGGAGGUUCAGAGUGUCCGGAAGCAAAUCCGCCUGAAGAAAAUGGAUACUAAUUAUUCAUGUUCCAGAGCUUUUCUCUGCCAGCGUCCCUCCAGAAAAGGAGUCAACAGUGUGACCUGUGACCUGCUCCGGCAGAAACCCAAAGGGGGAGGGAGCUGCGGCGUCCCCAGCAGGAGGGCGCGCGGGCGCCCCUCGGUCAGCGAGUUCAAUAUCACCUACGUGGUGGAGCGGAGCCUGUACAGCCACCUGAACCUGACCCAGCUAGUGCGGCCUGCCUCGGACAGGACCCUGAGCAAGGCCGAGAGACAGGACCUCAGGCGGUGCCUGCUGGAGGAGGAUGAGGAGACCAAGAGGAAGUGGGCCGCCACGGUCGACCGCUGUACUAAAAGGGUUCUCUUGAGAAUCCACCAGAAGUCCAGAACCUGCAGUUUUGGAGGAUUUGACUUGACGAAUCGUUCUCUACACAUUGGCAGCAACAGUUCGGACCCAAUGAGUAAAGAAGGAGAUUUUGUGUACAAAGAAGUUAUCAAAUCACCCACGGCCUCCCGCAUCUCUCUUGGAAAAAAGGUGAAAUCCGUGAAAGAGACAAUGAGGAAGAGAAUGUCUAAAAAAUACAGCAGCUCUGUCUCUGAGCAGGACUCGGGCCUGGAGGGAAUGCCCGGCUCCCCUCCGUCUUCACAGCCUGACGGUGAACACACGGACAAACCGAAGCUCAAAGCCGGAGGUUCUGUCGAGAGUCUACGGAGUUCUCUGAGUGGCCAGAGCUCGAUGAGUGGUCAGACCGUAAGUACCACGGAUUCCUCAACCAGCAACAGGGAGAGUGUCAAGUCAGAAGACGGUGAUGAUGAGGAACCCCCCUACCGGGGCCCCUUCUGCGGGCGCGCCAGGGUGCACACCGACUUCACGCCUAGUCCCUAUGACACGGACUCACUCAAGCUCAAGAAAGGAGACAUCAUCGACAUAAUCAGCAAGCCACCCAUGGGCACCUGGAUGGGUCUGUUGAACAACAAGGUUGGCACAUUCAAGUUCAUCUAUGUAGAUGUGCUAAAUGAGGAAGAAGAGAAGCCCAAGCGCCCCACCAGGAGGAGGAGAAAAGGAAGACCACCCCAGCCCAAAUCUGUGGAGGAUCUCCUUGAUCGGAUCAACCUGAAAGAGCACAUGCCCACUUUCCUGUUCAAUGGGUAUGAAGACCUGGACACCUUUAAGCUCCUGGAGGAGGAAGAUUUGGAUGAGUUAAAUAUCAGGGACCCGGAACACAGGGCUGUUCUCUUGACGGCGGUGGAGCUGUUACAGGAAUAUGACAGUAACAGCGACCAGUCGGGAUCCCAGGAGAAGCUGCUUGUCGACAGCCAGGGCCUGAGUGGAUGCUCUCCACGAGACUCCGGGUGCUACGAGAGCAGCGAGAACCUGGAAAACGGCAAGACUCGGAAGACCGGCCUUCUCUCUGUCAAGUCGUCAGUGGAGUCCAGCUUUAAGUCCUUUAACAGGAAUCAGCUGGGCAACUACCCAACCCUGCCUUUAACAAAGUCCGGGGAUGCGCUGAAGCCUGGGGAGGAAGGCAGGCUGGGCAGCGGUCUCGCCCCUCACACCUCCAAGUGCUGUGACCAGCCAUGCGUGACUGGUCUGAACAAAAACCGAAGAAGCCUGCCCGUUUCCAUCUGUCGGAGCUGUGAGACCCUGGAGGGCCCCCAGCCCGUGGAAACUUGGCCCAGAUCCCAUUCCCUGGACGACCUUCAAGGAGAGCCUGCUGCUGAGAAGGAUGUGCCCGGCGAGGUGACAGAACCCUCCCCUCAGAUUGUACCACAAGUGCCACAAAAGACAACCCCCUCCAUCACAAAGGUUCAAAGCCCCAAACGAGAUCCUGCUGUUGACAAUGCACUGCUACUGACCCAAAGCAAGAGAUUUUCGGAACCUCAGAAGACAGCUAAGAAACUAGAUGGUUCCAUAGCAGCCUCCUCCCGUGGCACAUCACCUCCUCCGUGUUUGCCCAAAAACUAUGAUGCUCAGCCUCCUGGAGUUAAACACGGUUUAACAAGGACACCUCUCGAGGGUCACAGGAAAGGACUCGAGUCUGAAGGAACGCAUCAUCCCGCGGGCACCAAAGAAGGCCUAGAUGCCGAGCAGAGGGGCCCCGAGGCAAGAACGCAGGCCAGACAUCCCUCCCAGCCUCCACCUGUUCCCGCCAAGAAAAGCCGAGAACGCCUGGCCAACGGACUCCACCCCGGCCCUCCCGGUCCCGACGCACCAAGCCUGCCCGCUAAAAAAGGCAGCCCCAGUGACUGUCAUUCACCUCAGGCUCCUAGGCCUCCCUCGGCACAGGAGCCCGGCAGCCCACCCAGCUCGAGGCCGCCGCCCUGGCUCUCAGAGCUCCCGGAGAGCGCCAGCCUCCAGGAGCAUGGCGUGAAGCUGGGCCCGGCUCUGACCAGAAAGACCUCCUGCGCCCGGGGAGUGGACCUGGAAACGCUCACUGAGAACAAGUUGCGAGCUGAAGGCAUCGAUCUCACCGAGGAGCCGUACUCUGAUAAGCACGGCCGCUGUGGGAUUCCCGAAGCCCUGGUGCAGCGAUAUGCAGAGGACUUGGAUCAGCCCGAGAGGGAAGUUGCCACCAACAUGGACCAGAUCCGCGUGAAGCUGCUUCGGAAGCAGCACCGCAUGGCGAUCCCAAGUGGUGGACUCACAGAAAUCUGUAGAAAGCCCCUCUCUCCCGGAUGUGUCUCGUCUGUGUCAGAUUGGCUGGUUUCCAUCGGUCUGCCCAUGUAUACCAGCGCCCUCACUGAAGCCGGGUUCAGCACAUUGGGCCAAGUGCCUUCUCUGUCCCACACUUGCCUUCAGGAGGCCGGCAUCACAGAGGAGAGACACAUAAGCAAGCUUGUGUCUGCAGCCAGACUCUUCAAACUGCCACCAGGCCCCGAGGCCAUGUAGCCAGGCCCAUCAUGGAGCUCCCCGGACAAGAGCCACCCUUUCACUGUGCUUAGGAUGCUAAUGCAAUCCCUCCUCCUUGGGACCUGCAGACCAGAUCCAGAAGAAAGGCCCGGUGUAAGGCCGACUGGAGCACGAAACCUGGGCACGGGACUGAUGACCCUCUCUUCUUCAGAAGAGCCCCCCUCGAGGAAAUUGGUGUGGUUCUCUUUGACUCCCCCAAAGAAAAGACAAGCACUAACUUUUAUUCUCAGAACACAAAAGAACCAGGAUGCCAGCUCGCCGCCCAUGCUGUGCCUCCAGUCUGUCUUGGUGCGCUGGCAGAGGGAGGGGGCAGCCGCUGGAGAAUGCCCUUGCCUUGCUGUCUGUCACCCUGCGGGAUGCCUGAGGGCAGGUGGGUAUUGGCCAGGCCAAAGUAACAGACCCAGGAGUUACUGUACGCCAUUGACUAUGCUUGUUUAUUCAAAAGUAAGAAAAUCUGGCUGCAUUAGGAAAAAAAAAAAAAAAGUCCUAUUCUCCUUUAAGAAAACAAGAGACAUUUUAAUAAUUGCUUUCUAGCAAUCAGCUUUUAUUUGCCUUAAUAUAAGCUUUUAAGCAGUUAUCUGGUGUUCACCACCCUGUAACCAUAGUUCCAGAUCUUCAGCCUAGACUGCCAUCUAACAUACCAGAGAUGUUUUCAGCAAAAAAAAAAAAAAAAAAAAGAAAAAAGAAAAAAAAAAGAAAGAAAAGAAAAAAAAAAGAAAAAAAAAGGGCUUUUCUAAUUGCCUCACUCUAACAUGGCUUAAUUUGUAGGGGUGUUUGUCAGGCACAAACUUCAUGUUGGCUUUCAGUUUUUAAACUAACCACAAAUCCAGUAAAAAGCUAUCUGAAACUCACAGAUCAGGUGUGUAUGUAAGCGUGCAUGCAUGUGUGUCCAUGUGUGAGCGCGUGUGUAUAGAAACUACCUUCAUUUUAAAUCAGUUUUGUUUUGUUUACGAUGUUGGUCACCGUGCUGCAGUAUUGACUUUGACUCCCGACCACGACCAUUCCAGAAUUCACUCAUCAGCUAACAGGUCACCUUUGCAAAGCCAGCGUAAGGUUGAAUAUUUCAGAAAGAUGCUUUUAAAAGGGAAGUAGUUUAUAAGAGAUUUUUAAAGUUUUUUUUUCCACUUUUAUAAUUAAGGUACUGUUUUCCUCCCUUUAUUGAGAUCAUUCUUUUAAUUCAGAUAAUAGUUCAUUCUGGAGCCAGACAAAGCACGUUAGCCAUGUAAUAAGUAUUUGCCAUUUUCAGUUGUUUUCCUACUGAUUAGAGCAUUUACCAUUCAUUCUCUUUUAGUCUGGUGUCUGACUUUUCUAGCACACAGAAAUACAGGCAACUAAAUUAAGGUUUCCGUCGCUUACUAAAUGAAUUUCCUCUACAUUCUUAGUCAUGAGAACUAUUCUAAGCAUUGAAUGUGAUCAUUGACAACAAACACUUUGAAGACAAAGCCUUGAUCAAAAGCUCUUAAACAUUUCAUCUCCUCGUUAAAACGAUUCCCCUGCGGGGGGGGGGGAGGGGGGAGUAACUUCACUCAUUACAAAGCCAUCUUCAGCAUUUGCUCUAUGUACUUGGAUCCGUGUUUCUGAGGAAAAGGAUGUUCUCAGGUUAUAUAUUUUUUUCACACUUUGGUAUACAUUUAAAAAAAACACGUUUCUUCAAUAGUAUUCACCUUCUAUAAGACGCCAUGUGAAAAAGUUGUGGAAAUGCAGAAUAAAAAGCUAAAAGCUGCCAACUUUCUACCGAAAUCUGAAAAACAGCCCAUUUUUGCCAUCUCGGGUUGUGCACACAGCCCACGUGGAAUGUGACGAUACCGUCGAACUGUAGCGCUUGUGCUGUGGUGGAGACAGGUGCAGGGACACGGAGCCUCGGCAUGACAUUCUGAGAUCCUGCUCAUAGUGUAAGCCGACCACACACAAGUCACACAACAGAUAACAGAGGAGGAGGGGUCAUCUGUGAAUUUCCCAGUGUUAGUUCAUUUUCAGUGUCAGAUUUUCAUUUAAGUAAAAGUGGCACCAGAAAAGGGAAUGUCCUGGAGUUCUUGAAAAUGCCAAACCCUAUUUUUGUCAUUCUUCUUUGGAAAUCAUUGCCUUUGCGUAGAAAAAUCAAAUUCAGGGACCAUGAAUGAUUUUCAGUGGGAAGAUCUUCCUAACCUGAGGGGUCUGAGAUUUUUACUUUAUCGUGCUUUUAAAAAAAUUUUUUGUUGUUGUUAUUGUUAGUAUUUGUUUGGUCUUUUGCUUUAAACUUUUAAUUUGAUCCUAGAAAAGCCUGAAUGUUUGUGUGUGACAUUUGACUAAGGUGGUUUAGGGACCGCGUGUCAGAAGACAGGUAGGUAGGUGUUAGGUGCCAGCAAUAUCCGGUUUUAAUCAAUUGCACUUGGUACAGAAUGUUGAGGAAGUGUUGUCUUUGGAAAGCACAAAAGAAACCUGGAAAGGCAGUUUGGCUCAGGUAGCUACACAUCCGUUGUGUGUAAUUUUUACUGUAAAGCUGUCUAGAAGGAAAUGCGGCCAGUCCCAACCACUAUUUACAUUCCCAGAUAACCAGGAAGCAGAUACAUUUUCAUGGCCUUCUCUUAGCAGCCCUUUUCUCUGUCCUGAUCCCCGGUGUGGGGGAAAUUGGAAAUUACUAGUCUAUUGCAAACCAGUUCCUGACAUAGCAAAAUUUGCUUUCAUAACUGCAGCAAAAGAAAUCAGUUCACCAAGUCAAUGCUGCAUUGUGUGUACUGUAUUAUUUUCAGAAACUAUAGUAGUCUGAGUCCAAGUUACCUUGAUUUUAAAUUGAUAGAGAAAUGCAAGAAACUGUCAAGCAAGUUAUAUAACAACUAACAACAUUGCACUUUCUGUAUAUGAAAUCAAUAUUUAAAUAACUUAUUUUUCUCCAUUGCUGUUCUUAAACAUUGUAAGUAGCUGUAAUAUACCAGUACCGAUAUGUCCUUGCGAUCGCUUCAGCCCAGGAAAGCUGUGUAUUGUUUUAAAAAUUGUAAAAACUAUUGUGAUGAUUCAUUUAGCAAAGAGAAAGGUGGACAGAAGGGUUUUCCUAUGUAUCAAACUUGUCUAUAAUUAUGUCAUCUUAUGUACCUAGGAAAAAUAAAUAAAUUUCGUCAGUUGA